AUGACAUCCACAAUCACAACUCUUAAACACUUACAAAUUUCAUUAGAAGAGGUUGUGAAGGCCACCAACAACUUUGAUGAGGAAUAUGUCAUCGGAGGUGGUGGUUUCGGAAAGGUUUAUAGAGGACAACUCUUGGUGUCUGGGGAGAUGGUGGAUAUUGCUGCUCGGAGACUAGAUCCAAAGCAUAGAGGGGGAGGCGUCGAGUUCUGGACCGAGAUUUCAGUGCUUUCUGGUCUAGAGCAUGAGAAUAUAUUUUCUCUGAUUGGGUUUUGUGAUGAGAAUGGGGAAAAGAUCAUUAUAAACAAGGAUGAGGCCACCAAGGGAAGUCUGUCGAUGUAUCUUAGUGACCCAACAACCCUCACAUGGAUUCAAAGACUGAAUAUAUGUGUUGGAGUUGCGCGUGCAUUAAGAUACAUCCAUAGCGGUGAGGGGCGAGGUUCUAGUGUCAUACACCGUAAUAUCAACAGCUACACAGUGUUAUUAGAUGCUAAAUUUGAAGCCAAGUUAUCUGGUUUCGAAUAUUCUAUCAAACAAUCGGUAAACCGAAUGGACCGGGUUGUCCUUUCAGAAGCUGUUGGCACAAAAGGGUAUAUGGACCCAUCAAUUGUAAAGACCAGAGGUGUAAGUCAUAAGUCAGAUAUCUACUCAUUUGGAGUGGUUUUAUGUGAAAUAUUAUGUGGGAGGAAAGCUUUUAUUCCAAAUCAUGUAGAUAAUAGAUUUUUAGCUCCAUUGUUUAUAUUUCACUAUGAAAACAAAUCACUGAAUAAUAUUAUCCAUCCUGAUCUACGGCAUCAAAUGACCAGGCGAUCACUCACCAGGUUAUACGAAGUAGCGUAUUCUUGCUUAAAGGAGGACAGAGUACAACGUCCAAAAAUGAACGAUAUUGUCAUUGAACUUGAGAAAGCAUUUGAACUUCAGCAGCCACUUGAAAAUUUGAUACAGAACAUGGAACACUUGAAGAUUCCACUCGGUGAUAUAAUGUUGGCCACCGAUAACUUUUCCGAGGAUUACCGCAUAGGGUAUGACGACUUCUGUAACUUAUACAUAGCGGAAAUCGAGAAUUUUGAGGAGGAAAAUCCAUCCAUCAAAGAAGGGAGGAGUAAAGAUGAACUACCCAGGAGACGCAACACUAUCCUUAUAAAACGCAUCCUCCUAAGUGAAGACGACUCCGAGACAGGAGAAGAAAUGUUCUAUACGGAAAUUAAAAUGCUUGACGUUUGCAAGCAUCCAGGCAUAGUCAAACUAAUUGGAUUCUCUAAUGAAGGUUCCGAGAUGAUCCUUGUCGUUGAGCAACAUUGUAAUGGAAUCCUUCUAAGUUAUUGGAAUAACACUGACAUGAGGCAAGUUCUUACAUGGGAAAAACGUUUGAAAAUCUGCCUCGAUGUUGCAAAUGCAUUGAAUUACCUUCAUACUGAGAUGGAGGACCAAAAGACGAUAAUACACCGUGAUAUUAGGAGCUACAACAUAGCAUUGGACGAGAAUUUUGGGGCAAAAAUUAUUGACUUUCGACGCUCGGUAUUCCUCCCUCCAAAUGAUGACUAUAUCUUACACAAUAUUAUUUACGGAACUCGAUAUUAUAUUGAUCCAGAGUAUAAAGAGACUACUAAGCUGAAAAGAGAAUCAGAUGUAUAUAAUUUUGGAGUAGUUUUGAUUGAAUUCCUAUGUGGGAAGUCAGCCUCUGACCCGAUAUACCUUAAGGACGGCGAGCAAGGGAUGGCGAUUAUGGCACGACGAUGCUUCCGGGAGGGAACACCAAUGGAAAUGAUAGAUCCAAUAUUGAAGGGAGAAAGUUGUGAAAACAGUGUUAUUCCACAAAGAGGACCCAAAAAAGUUUCUUUGGAGAAGUUUGUAAAAAUUGCACACCAGUGCAUAGCCCAGACUCAAGACCAACGUCCAACAAUGAAAGUAGUCAUUCGGGAGCUUCAAAAAGCACUAUUCUUCCAGGAAACGCACUUAGAUGUGGUGCAUGUUGCUGAUGCAGUUGAGGAAUCGAUAGAACUGAACUUGUCACGUGAAAAUUCGGUAAUGUCCUUUAUUUUUUAG